GCCGUGUGUGUACUGUUAUGGCGAGCAAUACAGCUUCAAAGAAGAAAGACAAGCGAACGACUCUUCUCGACUUUGAGUUGUCAACUACUUUAGGUAAGCUGUUGCGGGUAACUUGCUUCGCAAAACCGCGAUUUGGGACUUAAUGUGCUAUUUAAGGGAUAUUCUUCUGUAAGGCUUUUGUUUAUUAUAGUCAGUUCGCAUUACGGAGGAAUUAGCGCAAUGGUAAGCUUUUUGUUUUAUUUUUCUUCUGUAGGCACAGGAACUUUUGGCAGGGUACUUCUAUGCCGCGAUCGGAGAACCUCUGAGUAUCAUGCGCUUAAGAUAAUGAAUAUUCGAGAAGUGAUCAGACUAAAACAAGUUGAACAUGUACAAAACGAGAAGAACAUAUUGUCGAAGAUAGAACAUCCAUUCAUCGUUAACUUGUAAGUAUAUCGACCGACCAUGUAAACAAUCAUCCAUAACAUGUUGUAGCUACUUUGGGGAAUGAGGUUUCGAGCUUGCUUGAUCUGGAACCUUUGUUUUUAUGACGAACGAAAGCGCGUAGAAAACCUAAUCUAAAAAAGUGUUUCAUCACUAGAUUCAGAUUUAAACGCUUUCUUUUUAAGGCGAGUGGGGUUAUGUAUACAAAGCCAUUUUGAUCUAUUUGUGAAUUAAGCGUUGCCUCCUUCGUGUAUUACAAGGUGUGUGUAUAUAUGCUCAAGGUUGUCAGUUGUUUGUUUGCACAUUGUACGAGUAUAAUCGAUUUUAACUACAAUACUGCUCCAACAAAUGACUUUAGCAAAUCAUCGCGCUUUUAACCGACGGCAACCCUAGCCUACUCGUAGCCAUUUUUUCCUGCUCUACCACGUGAAUCGGUAUUUCAAGGGUUCUAAAUCGUUUGCAUUAUUUAUUUUAGUGAUGUUCUAUAUUUAGUUAACAAUAUUGAAUUUGUGAAGAUCCCGUGCAAAGUUUUCGUUCUGUGAUCGACUAAGAGGAAGGUCGAGGAAAUGGGUAUUUCAUUUUCUUAGAAAUCUAAAUUGUUCGAUGCUAGAAUUCUUUUCUGUUGGUCACGUCCCGUCAUAGACGAAUGAAUCGAUCAGAAAAAAAACAUUUAUUACUGAAGUGAUUAUAAUCAAUCAUGUGGAAAACAACAUUUCGGCAAAUGCGAGCCUCACUUGUACAAGUCGUUGCAUUUGAAAUUGAAACAGUGUUCAUUGAUCAAGUUCAUAUCAAAUAAAAACGCAUUGUUUAUUUUAGAGAAUACACUGGAAACUAAAUAUAUGAUGAGUGCUAAUGAAGUUAGAUGGUUCAUGAAAAUUUCUUUUGUUUAUUAUGCUUUUUGUUCUGCAUGGGAAAAAAUAAACAGCAGAAAAUAGAAAAAUUCCAGCCUUUCUAUGAAGCAGCUGCUGCUUGGACCCGGUUCCCAAAAUUCAUCAAAUUCUUUUAUAUGCUAUAUUCUGUCAAUUUGAUAUCCGUGCCAUUUAUUCCAAACUUAGCCUUGGCAAACUAGUGUUCGUUUGAAACUGUAUUUUUUUCGGCCUGGAGUCCAUUCAUUAAGCAGGAUUUUUUAUUUACUGUUCUUAUUUUAACAGCUGUAAAUAUCUUGCCAUAACAAAACUUGAAGCCAGAGUCAUGAUAAGUAAAAUAUGCUAUAGUUUGCACUUUGCAGUUAAGCAAAAAUACAGUCUACUGUGCUUGGUAUUGGGUGAGGGCAGACUUCUGCAGUCGAUCUUGUUUUAUUUUUUCUUUCAAUUACUCAUACGUGUAAAGUGCACCAAUAUAAUGAUGAUUUUGCACACACUCCCUUAAGGUUACAAAACAUAAUAUAAGAAGUGCUCAGCAAUCUGGCCUCGGUUUAUCAAACUCUACGUAAGCAAGGAAUCUGCUGAAUAUCAAAUGCCAGUCAUGCUAAAAUUUCUCAUAAUCUUAAAUAAUUAUGCAAAUGUUCAGACAAUCAAAAUCACUACCCAGUUUUUUGGGUAGAGACCUCACUGGACACCCUACUCGCUUGUUGAUUCAGACGUCCCUUCCACGAGUGUGCAACCCGAAGGGACAGCUAAAAUUUAGGCUAGUUAAUACUGAAGCUGAGAGGUUUUGAAUUUGAUAGAUAUGUUACAGGUCAAAUUUGAUUUCAGGUUAAGUGUUUUUAUUCAUGAAUUAGGGCUAGGAAACAAAGGAAAUUGAGAAUCAACCUAAGUUAAAAACAUUUAACCUGAAAUCAAAUUUGACCUGUAACAGAUAAAUUUGUUACUCUAAUUAGCAAGGUAUUUAGUAAAACAGGGGGCAGCUUAACAGUGAGGCCCUCUUAGCUAGUGGGUGACAUAUUUACCUAGUCUGAAAUUAUUUCAAAUAUGGUCUUUUCAUGUUUUGGGGAGUAGGCCUUGUCUCUGUCAGUACUUAAUCCAUCUUCAUGUUGUUUGUUGCCAUUUCAUCUUGUCUUGUGUCGCCCAUGUUUCAAGCCCGUGUCUGUUUUCAGAAUUUUACCUAAACUGGGCCUCAACAGUAGCCUAUAGCUUAGAAAUCUAGUAGACAUCAAAUGUUUGAGAUAUUCACUCCCCAAACUUUUGUCAAUCAAGUUUGGGGAUCUUUUCUUUAAAGACUGGGGCAGUUACCAUUGUCAGUUUUUAUGAGAACUUGAGUCCAACAGUUCUCAUGGUCAAGGAUGGAGUUCCUUUUAUUAGGGAAGUUAGCACUUUGUAGGGAGAAAUUAGCUUUACAGAGGUGGGCAGUUCCUUUUCAGCACAAAAACUGAGAUGUUCUGUUCAGGAAAAUCUUGGUUUUCAACUUCUCAUGUAGGCAGAUGUAGAUGUCCAUCCUGUUAGAGAGGUAUGAUGACUUGCAGCUGUAGUUCUUAUUAAUUUUUUGAUUAUGAUUUCAUAUGGUUUGAGUUCAGGCUAAGUAUGACACCUGAUGUUUUUUUUAACAUUGCAGACUAUGGACCCAUCACGAUAACACAUUCUUGUACAUGCUUCUUGAGUAUGCUUGUGGUGGAGAACUUUUUACCUAUCUUCGCACAGCUGGAAGAUUUAACAAUGGAACUGGGUUGUUCUUUGGAGCAGAAAUAGUGUCUGCUCUAGACUAUCUCCAUCAUAAUAGUAUAGUAUAUCGGGACUUAAAACCUGAAAAUAUUCUUCUGGACAGAGAGGGGCAUGUCAAGCUCACAGAUUUUGGAUUUGCCAAAGAAGUUCAAGACAAGUAAGUUAUAUGUACAUGGUCUUGAGGGUUUGCUACAAAUAUUGAAUAGUUUCCAACAGUUCUUAUAGAUUUGGAAGGCAAAUUAAUAAAUUGAAGAAAGUGGGAAUAUAAUAAUUUAUUUCAGUGUGUAACAUUUUUUUAAUUUUCUUUUCAGGACAUGGACUUUGUGUGGUACACCAGAAUAUCUUGCUCCAGAAAUUAUCCAAAGCAAAGGACAUAACAAAGCUGUUGAUUGGUGGGCAUUAGGAAUACUUAUAUAUGAGAUGCUUGUUGGGUAAGGAUAAUGCCUUGAGCUUCGUCCAUAGCUUUCUAGCCUGUGUUUAGCCAUACUAUACCAUCUCUUAAGGAGAAAAAAGGCUAUUCGCAGUGGUUUUCACAUAAGCAGACUAGAAGCUUCAAGAAAGUGAAGUGCAUGUGUCACUAAAACCAUCCAAGUUGUUAACAAAUGGUACAGCAAAACUCUCAUACCAACACUGCCAUAAGGAGAAAGCUCAAGCUGUGAUUAACAGGUCAAAUUCCUGUUGCCAGUAGCUUCUUAUACUUAUGUCUUGUAAUGUUAGAACACACUAGGUGACAAGUUGUAGCAACAUCUCAAGGUGACGUUGCAGCAACAAAUUGCUUCGUCUGUACAGGAGAAUUACACAUUUUUUCAAAAAACUGUCUCUACAACAGAACUUUGUCACUGCAGCAGGUCAUACAAAAUCAAAUCAGUUUCAAUUUGUGUGAGUAAUUGCAGUGACAAAAUUCUGUUGAAGAGACAAAAAUCUCGCAAAAAUUCUCCAGUACACAUGAAGCAGUUUUCUCUUCUUUUUCAGGUAUCCUCCAUUUUUUGAUGACAACCCAUUUGGAAUUUAUGAGAAAAUACUUUCAGGCAAAGUGGAGUGGCCAAAACACAUGGAGACCACUGCAGCCAAGUAAGUUCUUCUUCAGUUAAUUUUAAUGAAGUGUCAGCAGUAGCUGAUCCAGGGUUUUCAAUUUUCCCUAAUUGAGUCCUUAAAAGAAGGCAAUUUUUUAAGUGCAUAAUAAGAGUGUAUUUGGAUAUCAGAUUUGCUGUAAAACAGGUCCAUCACUGUGUACAAGUUUGGAUGAACUCUUUCUAUCAAAACUUCCUAGAUUCACCGCGGGUUUAUGACUAAAUAAUGAUACUUGCCUUUAUAAUGUUACAAUGACACACACUACCAAUAUAAUCAUAUUCUUUCUCCUUUUGUCAGAGAUUUGAUUAAAAAAUUAUUAGUACAUGACAGAACAAGAAGACUUGGAAGUAUGAAGGUAAGUAUGUAUCUGUCUUUGCAGAGUAAUUGUAGAAAUAGGAAUUUACUAACUUACAGCAGCUAUAGUGAUCCUCUAAGAUACCCAUUAGGCAUAUGAUCAUCUUGUUGAUGGAUUUGAAAACUUCUCUAUUUUUUACAGUUUCUCUGAAGAUGAACUUAUUGUAAUUUAACCUAUUUUUUUACUUGAUAGUUUAUUCUUAAAAGUGUUUUUUUUAGAAUUUUCUUUUAUAAAUAUAAAGGGCUUUUUGCAUGUAAACAAGAUUGUUUUUAAUGCCUUGCCUUUCCUAUUGAAAACUUUUUAAAACUAUACUCAGCAUCAAGUCAUUGUUUUUGUAAAUUUUUGUCUCAUUCAGAAUGGCACUGAAGAUGUCAAAUCUCACAAGUGGUUUAAAGUUAUUGACUGGAAUUUAGUUUAUCAAAGAAAACUUAAGGUACGGGUGUUGGUUUCUGCACAGAAUGAUGGAUGUAUUAUUGUUGUAGUGUAAAUUCCCUUCUGCUCUUGUUGAUCAUGACUUGCUAGUUGUCGUGUGUUGAUUAUUAUGGUGUAGCCGUCAAGGCUCCGUAAGGCUGUGUUCACAUGACACCAGACGAAUUUUUGAUUGGUUGAAAAAUAUGACCGGACACUUUGUUCACUCGGAACCGUUUAGCCAUAGUUAACAGAGUGGGCCCCUCUACUAUCUAUGGUUUUGCUCGGGUUAUGGUACACGAGUCACAGGAGGGGGCUGGGGUGGGGUCUAGUUAAGCAAGAUGCUCCCUCUCUGUUCCCCACCCCCCACCCCUUCACACCCUACUUCAUCCUUUCACCUUGUACCCGCCCCAUCGAUUCUACUUUUUUUUCUCCCCAAUUUUCUACUGUCAAAAGUUAAUGAUGGCGAAUAAACGCAGAAAUCACUGAAUGCUCGCUCGUUAGUUAAAAAAAAUUGCGCCUGCACCGCAGUUGGCUAGUACCGUUGAUGACACAUGAGUGGCAUUUCAUGAGCGAAGAUGGUUUUCGCAGGGUAGAAAUACCUGGAGACCUGAAUUCAAUAAACCGAUAUUUCUGGACUGAAACCAUUUACAACUUUUUACUCUGGCUACUUUUGUUUGGAUGCUGUCUGUAAAAUAGCACGAAAUGAUGUAGUUCCUAUUAUUAUAUGGAGGAGAGUGUUUUACUGGGAACUAAACCACUCGUAGAUUCCAUACGCCACUUCAUCCGGGACCCGAGUGGCGUAUUUUCCGUACGUCACCUUUGUGAGUGUCGUAUCGUUCAAUGACGUCACGAUUCCCGCCUUUUGCUUUUGUGGAAUUGUUUUCUCCAUAUAAUAAAAAGAACAUUACACGUUGGCUCGAAGAUAUGAAUUUUAUGUUCUCACCACCGUGUAAUAUCCUCCAUUUAUUGUUACGUAGGCACCGAUAAUUCCAAAGCUUUCCCAUCCUGGUGAUACAAGAAAUUUUGAUGAUUAUCCCGAGGAGAACUGGAGAGCUGCACCUCCUCUCAGUGGCAAAUUACUGGAGCCAUUUAAAGAUUUUUAACUGUUGCGGAUGACAUAACUCUAUUAUAGUCAAUCAGGUGGGUUAAACCGCCCCUCAAAACUUUCAGCGCCAAUGCCAAUCCAAAUACAAAUCUCUUGACUGAUCUCCAUACUUUUCCGUCAAGAAUUAGUUAGGAGGAUUUGAAAACAGAUCAAAACAUUUCCCUCAGGUGAUCAUUAAUUCUAUUAAUUCUCUUAAAUACUGUUAGGAGGAAAUAGAUGUUGGUCACGACUCUUGUAGGCCUCAAAAUAACGGCCGGUUAACGGACAAUUUACGGUCGAGAUGACCAUUGGUCCGGACAAACGUUCGGUUUGCCGGUCAUUUUGUACAUAAGCGACCAGAAAAAAGUACAUUUUUACCCUAUUACGUUUCUAAAGAACAAGAUUGAGGGUUAAAAGUAAAGCUCUCCUAGCAAGUAAACCCUUUUACGUUCUAUAAAUAUGAUGAUGAGUAGGUUAGGUUCAAGUUACGACUUACUUUACUCACGGAGGCCUGAUAAAGCCGAAGUGCAACAGAUUUGUCGUUUUUCUCUCAUGUUUGUUAUGCAUCAUCCUUCUGCGUCAAUGUUUUUUAUCAAACUACUGAUUAACCUUCCCGGGACUCUUGAGCUUAAAAAGGUAACCAAUCGUGGACUUACAUAUGAUUUUUAUAUGUUUUGGAGCUUCUGCACAGUGAAGGGUGUUCUGACUUGUUAUAAAAUUGACCUUCGUUUUGUAAUGUUUUGUUUUCAGUUUACCAUGGACUAAUCAAGUACUAUUAAGAGCAGAGAAUGUGCUUUUCUAGUUAUCUUUUUUGGGCAUGCAUAAGCCUUUUCUUUAGGAAUUCAUUUCAACUUUUAUUUAUUGGAUACAUCGGAACUCUUUGGCAGGCAUUAUAAGACAUUGUAUUGCAAAAUGUUAGAUAAUCCAUUCACCUUUUCUUAACUAUUCCAAUGCUUUUUAGUGUGUACGUUGAAAAUCAGUAUUACAUUGAAAAUCAGCGUUAGAAACUGAACCGUGAUAGAGAAUCGGCCACACUUAAGAUAAAUGCGGGAAAACGGGCAACAAAAACGUGCAACUUGUUUUGCGACGUUGUUGCAAAACAUGAUGCGCGUUAUACCACCCUCGAAAACAACCUUGGAAACUUAUUUGUUGCAUGGCAGGUUAGAACGUGGGCGAUAAAACGCGCAACAUCGCUAUUGUACUAUUCAAUUUGUUUUGCAGCAAUCUUGCAAAGCAAGUUGCACUUUUCUUGUUGCCUGUUUUACCGUAGCUUUAGGCCGGGCCGUACUUCAUUGAGCGGAACGUAAUGCUUAUAAGCGAGAACAAUAGUUUUUAGUCAUUAACGUUAGGUUCGGCUCAUGUGAAGUAGGAUGUUUGAUCCGAGCCUAGCGAUGUUUUUGUCGUGGGUCGGUAUUUAAUGUUUUUACGACUUUUCCCAAACCUUACCCCUCCCCUCAUAGUUGGCAAAUAAUACCUAGAAUUGACAUAAUAUUGUAUUUUGAAAUUGCAAUUUGCGGGUAGAGACACUAAUUCGGAUAAAAAUUAUUUGUAAGCUCUCAAUUUGCCAUUUAUUUUGCGAGGUUUUUUGAAUUUUAUAGAAUUUCAAUGGAUUAUUAUUCUUAAAGUCCUUCCAUAUAAUCAAAUAUAAAAGGGACCCAAGAAACCAAAAUUGCUAUUUUCGCAUUGCCGAUAAAGUUUAAGAAUUAAAAGAAAACGUUUUGUCCAUGAUAAAUAUAUAGGAACAGUGGUUUCCUUAGAAACCGUUGUGCUAGUUUGGGUAAGUAGUAUUAUGGGAUUGAUUCGUUAGCAGCUAAAGUGUGGGAAUAUGAGAAGAAAAAACCAGUUUCACUUAUACGUUUCCUGAAGUGAGGUAAAUUUACCUAGUUUACCUGACAUAAAGUUUGAAUAAAUUGUACUGCCGCACUGAAAUAUUUCUUUCCGCCUUUAGCAGGUAACAAACCACGUAGUUUUUUCUUUAGGGCCCAAUCAGGUAGCGACCGUGUCGCGUCACGUGAUCCCUGUAUGACCCUAGAUUUUUUUUAAAUGCAGUUUUGAUAAAUACUCAAAUGGUUUUCUAUUUUAAAGCACAAGGAUGAUUGUCAUAAUUGAGAACUGUGCUGUUCUGCUAAACAAAUUAGCAUUCAAAUAUUUUUUAACGUGUAUAAA